AUGACUCCAAUUAUUUCGGAUUAUUUCCCCCCCGUUCGACUUAAUCAAGUCGCAGGAAAAAGAUGCGGAACGAAUGCGUUUUAUCCAAAUUUGGAUUACAAGCAGCUUUAUAACGCAGUGACACAGCUGAUUGACAUUGUGCCGCAAAUACACAUCGGUCUACAAGCAUUCGGGAAAGCCUUGCUGCAAUGUCUUGCAUGCAUGCUGCCGUUUCUCGAUCACGACCUCAUCGACAAUUUACCGUACUUAACUGCCAGUACGAUAUCGAUAUUCCCUAUGGAGCUCCACGAAGAAAUUAUGAAUUAUCUCUGUUUUUACAUUUUACCGUUUACUAUACAGAGGCAGGACGAAAUUGGAAAUGAAAGUGCAGCUAGUCAAUCAGUCGCUGCUAUUAUAAUGACAGUCUUUCAAUAUUCCAAUAAUGCAGCGCAUCACUGUCAGUUGGUGGAGUGUCUGAUGGCCUUAAAACCGGGUGUUGUAAAGGAUAUACUUUGCGUUAUCGCUUACGGUACUGCACCAGCGAGAGCAUCAGCUGCAAAGUUGCUCUUUUACUAUUGGCCGUCGUUUAAUCCAAAUCUAUUCGAUCGUCGUGCAGUGCUGGUAAAAUUUGCCAAUGAUCUUAUACCAUUUGUGUGUCAGCGGGAUAAUUGCCCGAAUGCUGGCAACGCCGAAGCCGGUAAGGUUUGCUACGAUCAUCGUAUUUCCAUCACUUUCGCUGUCGAAUCUCCACCCCCUCUCUACCUUUGUAUCGAGUGCGCGAACGAGAUUUGUCGGGAGUAUCCGAAACAGAAGUUCAACGACAUUCUCCGUCCGAUGCAACCGGUGUCCAUGGUUUGCGAAAGUAAGAACUGCAAGGGAAUAAAGGACAAACAGAAGGAACCGAAGGAACAGAAGGAAGAGGACAGAUCGGCGUUCAGCAUUUGCUUCUCGUCCGAGUGCACGAGCUUCAACGGAAAUCAUCCGAUACGGUAUUGCCAAGCGUGUCACAAUCAUCGCCACGCGAAGAAGAAAAAGUACAACGAUCCCGACAAAGACAACGAUGGCAGUAAUCACAUUUAUCACACCGCACUCCCUCAUAUCUCGCAAUUGGACUCGCAAGCGCAAACUUACAUGGUUCAAGCGAUCGUCAGUUUGCUCCGAGAGGCCGAACCGAUAAGUAUCGAUAGUAAUCGGGACAUGAUGGAAAGUACGAGCAGUACUAACAAGAGUGUAGGAUAUCCAGGGAGUAGCGGUGGCGGCGGGUUUGGUAGCGCGUUCGGUGGUCACUACGACCCGAUGAGCCUGGAGGAACGACAGCUCCUCGGCAGAUACGGCGUGUGGCUGCUCGUGGGACUUUGUACCCCGAACAAGGAUACCCCGGUUGAAAUACUGGGCCGUUUGUUGUCAAUGUUAUUUCAUUGGUUUCAUGUCACUGCCUACUGUUUCGAUGGCCAAGCGGAAAGCGCGCUCGAGAAGCUGAAAACGGAGUAUGUUUGUACCUGGCUUUCGGAAGUUAUGAAAACUCAUUACGAAGUAUUCAUUUCCUGCCUUCUGCCGCAUCCUAUGGACUAUGUCAGAGUUGGAGGUCAUUGGUAAGGAUUUACUCUGCGUUCUAUGAACUAAAGUUUACUGAAAUUACGUAAUGUGGAUUGAGCAUAAAUGUAUAAUCUUGAGACUAAUUAAUUAAAUUAUACGCACAAAAAUUUUUAAUU